AUGUCGGAAUCUGGGGGUCCUGGGCCCCCGCCAGUCCAGGGGAGGAGUCGAGAUCGGAGUUCACUUUCUGUAAGUGAUAGAAGCCGUAGCAGCUCUAGUACCACUUCUAAGAGAAAGCGUGAAGAGAAGGAAUUAAAUAAUGACGAAGGCUCAAAUAAAUAUAAUGAAGAACAUCGAGGACCUUUCAUAGUUUAUGUUGAUGCGGUGGAUACUUCAGGUUCCCGUAAACCCAUUAAUGCAAUCUCCCUAAACAGAACAUUGAAAAAAUAUGAAGUUGAAGGUAUAACUGAAGUUUUGAAAAUAGGUUAUGGACGUUGUAAGGUGACCUUCAAACAACGAAAUUUGGCAAACAACUUUGCUUAUGAUAAACGUAUUAAACAAGAUGGCUACUUGCCGAAAAUAUUUGCACAUUUUGUGUCAAAGAUUGGAUUAAUCUUUGAUAUACCCACAGAUUUGUCUAUGGAGGAUUUUCAAUCUUCAAUAAUUUCAGAAGUACCAAUAUUAAAGUGCAUAAGAGUCGAGAGAAAGGAUCCUGAAGACCGAGAAUUAAAAAUACCAACAGGCAGAGUAAAGAUAUUUUUUGAUGGCCUUGAAAUACCAAAGGAAAUUUCGUACGAUUACACUAAAAUAAAAGUAAAGCAUUACAUUUCUUUUGCACAAUGUUACCGUUGUUAUCGCUUUAAGCACUUUGCGCAACAUUGUAAACAGCAGAUGGAAGUUUGUAGAAAUUGUUUCAAUAAACACGAACAGGCUCAGUCUUGUGGUCAAAUGAUGUGCACUAAUUGUAAAAAUGAUCAUCACCCUACUUCAAAAUCAUGUCCGGCAAGAAUUAAGGCCUAUACUAUAAAGAAAAUUAUGACUUUGGAAAAUCUCUCAAUUAAUGAGGCAAGAACAAAAUAUUCUGGCGCUUUUGGAAACCGUUUUGCUGUUCUUGAUGAUGAAGUCGAGGAUAUCUUCCCCCGUUUAACUCCUAAGUCCAAUUCAAAUAUUAUCAACAAUAGUAAAGAAGCUGCUAAGACCAUACACAGUAUAAUGCCAUAUUCUGCAAUAGUUCGCAGAAACCCUAACCGUGAAAGAGAGGCUGAAAAUUCUAGACAGAACAUGGAACAAUGGCAAAAAUUGACCAAGGAUUCUAAUUAUGUUAAUAAUAAACCCAAUACAAAUUUCAAUAACACACACAAAACUUCAAGUGUAGAAAAACUUGCUAGCCAACUAAACGUCAAUACAGCUCAAUCAGAAUCCGAUAAAGUAUUAUCCGAUAUAAAUUCAAAAUUAGAUGGCUUUUUAGCCGGAUGGGAAAAUUAUAACUUAAGUUUUGAACAGAAAGAAUUUUUAAGAGGUCUCCAGAAUCAAAUUAUCGACAGCUUAAGAUCUAAAGAGGUCACACCGUAG